UCAUGUCUUUUGAUAGUAGCGAUGGCAUGGAAUCUAGCACUUCCACCUCCACCUAUACCUCCACAACUCAAUGGUUACCACCAUGUCAUAAAUUUGUACUGCGUGAAAUUCUUUUGGCAACAGAAAACUUUAACGAAUAUUUUGUGAUUGGUAAAGGGGGCUUUGGAAAAGUGUACAAAGGUGAAGUCAUCGUUGGAACUCAUCAUGUUGCCGCUGCUAUUAAACGGUUAGAUUUACGGUCAAAUCAAGGGGCAGUAGAGUUCUGGGCUGAAGUCGAGAUGCUUUCCAAGUUGCGUCACUCUCAUCUAGUGUCUCUCAUUGGUUAUUGUAACCAUGAAAGAGAAAUGAUACUUGUAUACGAGUAUAUGCCAAAUGGAACACUUGAAGAUCAUCUCCAUAAACUCCGCACCCGUCUUUCUUGGGUUGACCGGCUAAAGAUUUGCAUAGGUGCCGCCCGUGGGUUAGACUACCUCCACACUGGUACUGGUAUUGAGUUUGGUGUUAUACACCGAGAUGUCAAGUGCUCAAAUAUUUUGUUACACGAAAGUUGGGCAGCUAAAAUUUCGGAUUUUGGGUUGUCCAGAAUAGGCCCAACCAAUCAACCACGCACUUAUGUCGACACUUUUGUAAAAGGCACUUUUGGGUAUUUUGAUCCAAAUUAUUUCGCCACUGGACAGCUAACAAGAAAGUCUGAUGUAUACGCUUUUGGAGUGGUAUUGCUUGAAGUGUUGUGUCAGAAACGACCGCUGGAUAGGAGCCUUGAAUAUGGUUUAGCUACAUGGGCAAAAGAGUCGAUCAAAGAAGGAAAUUUAAAGAAUAUAGUUGAUUCUAAUAUUAGGAAUGAAAUAUUCCCAAAAUGUUUGAAGGAGUUUGCUAGAAUCGCCGUAAGAUGUUUAGAAUAUCAUCCGAAGGAUCGUCCUACCAUGACCGAGGUUAUAUUUAGUCUGGAAUCUGUACUUACUUUGCAAUUGCAAACUCCAAGAAAGUCAUUAAUUACUAGAAUGGUUGGUGUGCUUCAAGCAGCCAAGAUGCAGAAGCAAGUGAUGCAUAUGGAAAGAUCCUUGGAGCGCAAUGCGGCUCUUGCAUUGGAAGAUCAACUACAAAUCCUCGGUGCCAUGAAUACUUUUAGUGCUAAAACAUUGGAACUAGCGACUCAGAGUUAUGCCAGCAAUAUGAUUAUAGGAAAAGGAGGCUAUGCUACCGUGUACAAAGGAAUCCUACCAGACAAUCGUGUUGUGGCAAUCAAGAAAAUCCGGCCGGGAUAUGAAUCGUGGAAAUCAUCAGAGGAGCGGUUUUUAAAUGAAGUUGUGAUUCUUAGCAAAAUUAAUCACCAAAAUGUGGUGCAGGUUUUGGGAUGUUGUAUGGAAACUGAGGUCCCGUUAUUAGUUUAUGAAUACGUUCCUAAUGGCACUCUUCACGACCACAUUCAUAAUAAAGAAAGUGGAAGAAAGAGAUUGGCAUGGGAUAGUCGUUUAAGGAUAGCAUAUGAUACGGCUAGCGCACUUGCAUAUCUUCACACGGAUACUAUAAUGUCUACCAUACAUAGAGAUGUGAAGCCUUCUAUGAUUUUGUUGGAUGAAAAUUUAACUGCCAAGAUUGCAGGUUUUGGUGUCUCAAGGUUAAUCCCUGAGGAUUGCGAUCACGUUAGUACACUCGUUAUAGGUACAUUCGGUUACUUGGAUCCCGAAUAUUUACAAACAGGUGAACUAAGGCAUAAAAUUGAUGUGUAUAGCUUUGGAGUGGUUCUUGCGGAACUCUUGACAGGAAUUAAUCCACUUACCGUGGAAAAAGCAGAAGAGGAAAGCUAUCUGGUUAGGGAUUUUUUAAAUGUAAUGUUGGAAAAUCAAUUGACUGAGAUUGUUGAUCAUCAAGUGUUAAAGGAGGCAACGGAUGAGCAGCUAAAAGCAGCAUGUGACUUGGCAUGUAGAUGCCUGGCUCGAAAAUCGGAGAACAGACCUAGCAUGAAAGAAGUGGCCAUGGAGCUCGAAACGAUAAAGAAGUUGGGCGAAAAUCAUCCAAUUGUUCUAGACAACUACAUGGAACCACACAGCUUAGUAGUUGAAAGUGAACAAGUUGAUCUCCACAGUGAUAUCUCUGAAAACAAUAAUAUCUACGAAAACCACAAUGAUUCCAACUUCAGCGAUAUCCUUAGAAACAAUGAUAUCUGUUUCAAUGAUAAUUCUAUUAAGCCAACAGCUGUGAUUUGGAAUCCGUCACUUGGAAAAUCCAUUGCUGUUGAUGUGCCUUAUCUGUAUGCUGAUUUAGGUUUUGCGGUUCGUCCGGAUAAUUGUGACCCUGUGAUUGUAUUGAUCAAUAGUAUUGGACAUCCUAUCCCGGUUUUGGUGUUUACGUUAAGCUCACGUGUUUGGAGAGUUCCACGUGGUAACCUACCUCCUAAGUUAACUUGUUUUGGAUACUGUUCACUAGUUACAGAUGAUCAGCGUAUUUAUUGGAAAGCUUAUACGACGAGUAUUAAUCUAGUUGUUACGUAUGAUAUGGUGAGUGAAGACUUUACCGAAAUACAACUCCCUCAUAGUGUAGCACGGCGGUAUUUUAGAAAUUUCUCCAUCUCUAAGAUAAAGGAGUCUCUUGCUCUACUUGAUUACGAUCAUUAUGGCGAUCGUAAACCAGUUUGUAAUGUAUGGAUGAUGGUGGAGGAUGGUGCUUCAAAAUCGUUCACAAAGGUAUUCACAAAGGAGUCUCUUCCAAAUUUCGUUGUAUCCAGCCAAUAA